CCCAGUUCGGAAUCCUCUCCCGACUUCGACGUUGCACUGCCCCCUCCGAACCAGCUCCUUCGUUGCUGAGUCUCGUCGUUCGCUCCUGCUACUAACUUACAGCCAGUGCCUUUCACGGCAAAAUCGUUCGUUAUCUUCCGACAUUCAGUAUCUUUAGCGACAUCUACGCGUAGCAAUUCCAAUGGCCAUCUUUGGCUCAAAUAAACAAAACGCCGUUUCCGCGCAGCCAGCGGCCUCGACGUCGGAUUUGGCACUCAAUCAGCAUAUUGAUGGAAUUGAGAAGGAAGAGACAGCUGGACGAAGCAACGGGAGGUCUUGGAAGAAGUGGUUGAUUAUCGGGGUGGUCGCGCUUGUUGUGAUUCUGGCAGCGGUCUUGAUUCCGGUCGGACUUGUCGUUAUUCGACCGCAUACAUCCUCAUCAUCAUCUUCCUCAAACUCGUCUUCGGGAUCCUCUUCGGGCGACACCGCCGCAACCGUCGCCUCGGCCUCGAGCAAAGUCCCAUCCUAUGCAAAAGGUACCUAUCUCGACUUUGCUACCUGGACCGACGUCAAAGACUUCAACCUUACUUUCACAAAUGCGACCGUUGGAGGCCUGAGCGUCGAGGGCCUGAACACAACUUGGGAUGACUCGGCUCAGUGCAAUGAGAAUGUUCCCGCACUGAACGAGGAGUUCCCCUACGGAAAGCAGCCAAUUCGUGGAGUCAAUAUUGGUGGAUGGUUGGUUCUCGAGCCUUUCAUCGUUCCUUCCCUCUUCGAGAACUAUUCGUUGUCCCAGGGUAUCGUUGACGAGUACACUCUUAGCGCUCACCUGGGUCCCAACAAGUCCGCAGAGGUGCUACAGGAGCACUACUCGACUUUCGUCACCGAGGACACUUUCAAGGAAAUUGCGGCGGCUGGCUUGGAUCACGUCAGAAUUCCCUACCCGUACUGGGCCUUGUACACACUGUCCGGGGACCCGUAUGUGCCCCACAUUGCAUGGAGGUACUUGUUGCGUGGUAUUGAAUGGGCGCGUCGCCACGGUCUCCGAGUGAACCUCGACUUGCACGCCGUGCCUGGUUCCCAGAACGGCUGGAACCACUCCGGUCGGCAAGGAACUAUCGGAUGGCUUAAUACUACUAACCCCAACGGCACUUACUACGGCGAUGUUACGCUCGAGAUGCACAAGCAGCUCGCUACUUUCUUCGCACAGGAGCGUUACCAUAAUGUGGUUACCCUGUACGGUCUCGUCAACGAACCCAACUUGAUGAGCUUGGAGCCCCCGGUCGUGAUCAACUGGACCGCCAACGCUUACGAUGUCAUCCGCAACGCAAGCUUCAAGAACUACAUCGUGUACGGUGAUGGUUUCCUUGGUCUUAACAACUGGCAAGGGAAAUUCCUUAACUCUUCUUACCCCAAGAUGAUCCUUGACGCACACAACUAUGUUAUUUUCAACACUGGUCAGUUGCAAAUGACACACUCUGGGAAGCUCGGUUACGCUUGCUCCAGCUGGAGUGCCAUGAUCAACUCGUCUAUGGACACUUCCACCGGUUUUGGUCCUACCAUCACCGGUGAAUGGUCCUUGGCGGAUACUGACUGCUCCGAGUACCUCAACAACGUCAACCAGGGUACCCGUUGGGAAGGCACGUAUGCCACAAACGGAGUGAACGUAACCGAGUCUUGCGCUGCCGGUGUCAACUGCACGUGUACCCCAGCCAACGCUGAUCCCUCGGACUACUCCGACAUGUACAGCCAGUUCCUGAGCCAGUUCGCUCAAGCUCAGAUGAUCGCUUUCGAGGACGGUUGGGGAUGGUUCUACUGGACCUGGGACACCGAGAAGUCCACGCAAUGGAGUUACAAGAAGAGUUUGGCUGCGGGUAUCAUCCCGGAGUAUCCGUAUGCUAGGAACUAUAACUGUUCUUAUGUCGCCGAUUUCGUGACCGAUGGGUUGUCGGACUUGUAUUAGAUGAUGAACAUUGGGGAAGGGCUAAGACUGUAGAAAAGUGUAUGAUACAGUGGUGAUGGACUAUGAAAGGACUAAACAUUGAGGUGAUUAUUAAGGGCAUUACAGUAUGCCGGCAGUUAUUGGGUUU